GAUUUAGAUGGGAUCGCCAGUGGUUGGUUGUGAAUUCGAAAGGAAGAGCAUACACCCAAAGGGUUGAACCAAAGCUUGCUUUGGUUGAAAUAGAGAUGCCAUCCGAUGCUUUUAGCAAAGGUUGGGAACCGACGGCUAAUUCGUACAUGGUAAUAAAGGCACCAGGAAUGGAGACUUUGAAAGUUCCUCUCAGUUCAAAACAUGCUGUAAUUGAUGGAGUAUCCGUGUGGGAGUGGUCGGGUUCUGCAUUUGAUGAAGGAGACGAAGCGUCUGAGUGGUUUUCCAAUUAUCUUGGAAAGCCGAGUCGCCUAGUUCGUUUCAACACUUCAUCACAAACUAGAGCAGUCGACCCUUCUUACGCUCUGGGGUACGAAACUAUGUUUUCCGACGGCUAUCCAUUCUUGUUGGUGUCCCAGGGUUCACUGGACGCAUUAAAUGAAAUUCUUGAGGAACCACUGCUGAUUAAUCGUUUCAGACCGAAUAUCGUGGUCGAUGGAUGUAACCCAUUUUCGGAGGAUUUGUGGAAAGUAAUAAAGAUAAACAAGUUAACAUUUCAUGGCGUAAAGUUGUGUGCAAGAUGUAAGGUACCGACUAUCAGUCAAGAGGAUGCGAUUGCAGGCCCCGAGCCGACUGAAACCCUAAUGAAGUUCCGAUCAGACGAAAUCUUGAGACCAAACUCCAAAAAACAGGGAAAGGUGUUCUUCGGACAAAAUUUAGUGUGCAAGGAAUCACUCUCAGCCGCAGGCGGAGGGGCGCUCGUCAAGGUCGGCGACCCGGUUUACAUUCUACAGGAGGUAUCUUCUUGUGCCGAAGCCCCGGCUUAAACAAGUCGGAGAUUCUGUGGCGCAGAUACAGCUUUCCCUCUAUCGCGUGCGGCGCAGUAUAUGUACAUAAAAUAAGUAGGAAAGCAGUUUCAGUGUGGUGCUUUUCGGAGAAGCCAAGGGAGGAAGAAGUUGAUUUCAACAGUGCAGAUGCUGCAUCUUCUUUGUUGUAUGUAUAAUAUAAACACAAGAUGGUUGUUUCAAAACAAGCAAAGCAAAUCCUUGAUGAAGCAUUUCUCUUUAAUAAGUGGAUGCUGAGCACAUGAUUUUUGCUGUAAUUGUGAUAGAUUACUACGGCUUCGUUUGGAA